AUGAGAAAGGAUUUCAGCCACCAUCCAGGCGAACACCUCCUUACCUGGCUGCUCCGAUGCUGGGAUAGCGGGGCCAACAGUGUGGAAUUAGAAGGUAGAGAAGCCAGGCAACUGGGAUCCCUGUCCAGGGACGCAGGCAUUGACAAGAUUAUUAGAAGAAAGACACAAAUGCUCAGCCUUUGGAGACGACUACUGUCAGGCGUGAGGGACAGAUAUCCCUUCAAGGAAGAUCUUACAUGUCAUCUAAGUAAGUGGACUGCCAUGGAGAGAGGCAUCCAAUACCUGAGGGAACUGGCUGUGUGGGAGAUGGUUUAUUAUGAUCCAGACGAUGCGUGGCUACCCACAGACCCAGAUGAAAAUAAGGUCUCGGCUAUCAGGAGCAAACGACUUCCUAUUCAAGCGAGACAGUAUACACCACAGGGGAACCUAUGGUAUUACCUGCGCGACCAUGGAGAAGGUAUGAGGAAAUGGGACGGGAAACCCACCUACGUUCUAAGAGAGCGGGUUCAAGAGUUGGAAGGAAGAAUGGGAAACAUCGGAAGUGGAAGGCUGCUUUGUGGAGCCCCACACAUCGGGUCGCAGAAGCUGUUGAAGGAGAGGGCCACAACAGACGCCGGCUCCGGUUUUGCCCCUCACCGUUUCCAUGCUGCUCCACGCAGCGAUGCCCAGCACACCAACGCUGCCCGGACCAAAACCCCUGUGCACAAGGUGCUGUUACAGUGCCGACACAGCAGCUGA